UAUCAGAACAAGCAUUCGGAUGCAAAUGAUUAAGAAGUUGCGGUACAAUUUUUCACUACUGAGCACGAAAAUUUCUUUACUCAUCUUUAGUUUAAUUACUUAUUUUACAGGUGAUAAGCCUUGCAAUAUAAUUUUUGCUAGAAAGUUGUUAAAUUAUAUUUUAUCAGACUACUUAUCUAUCUAUCGAAAUUUAUAAUUAUUUAUAUAUUAUGGAGCCAACUAACAAGCAACGAAGAAUUCCUGCAGACUAUGCAGAGCUUUACAGUUUCAAUGAUGACGAGUUGGAGUUGAUUUGCAAAUUGAGAGUCUUAGAAGAGCCCAAUUUCGUGUUUUCUAUUGUACAAUCUGACGCUACUGAUGCAUCGAGUUCUGUCGAACUUGACAGUUCGUUGGACCAGAGAGAAUGCAGUAGCGACACCGAGUCCACGAAUCAAUGGAUACAAUUUAACCAAGGUUUUCUGGGAGAUGAUGACCGUAUCAGUGAUGGGAUGUUGUCCUGUGCCUCUUCCAUGUCCCAGUCAUAUUUUACGGGAAUGGAAACUGAUUAUGAUUCCGAUCAUGCCAACGAUCCAAGCGAUCCUAUUACAAGCACCAUCAAGGAAACCCUCGUCCUGACGACAAAUGCGAGUCCGGAACUGGAGUUGUCUUCGGAAAAUCAAAUUUGUGAUUUAUCAGAGUCCAAACAGAAGAGGAUCGUCCCAUAUUACGCCGUCGAAUCGGACGAAUCUUUGGAUGAACGAGACCUCCAAAACCUUCAGAAUUUCACACCGAGCAAAUAUAUGCAGAAUUUUAAAAAUAAGAUUUCUACUGUUCGAAACAGGUUGAUCCCCAACCUUUUCACAAACCGAGUAUCAUAAAUACAAAAUAGGAUAAAAAACAAUGUGUUGUAAUAGGUAGAGAAGU